AUGUUCUGUUCUAUUUUAGAGUGUUACCAUUACACGUUCCUUAACGAGUCAAGCAGAGCAAACUCCUUUUACAACAUCAGUAUUGACUUCCUUUGUGAUGAUGAUCUUAACGGAUGGUAUCGCUUUGGGGGAAAUGCUGGAAAGCAAAUGGUGGAUUCAUGUGUUCCGGAGUUUCGAUGUGGCGCAGAACUGCCGGGUUGGCUGAAUGGCAGUCAUCCUGAAAUAGCUGAGGGUGCUGUCCGACGCAAAGUUUGUUUCCGUUACAAAAACAAUUGUUGUGAAUACUCAACAAGCAUCACAGUCCGUAACUGUGGAGGAUUCUACGUCUACCAACUUGGGAAGCCCCCAAUUUGUAACUUUCGUUACUGCGGCAACGGAACACUCAAACCAAGUGAGAAUUUAAUUUUCCCGUAUAACCUGCUCUGUCAGUUAUUCUAAACCUCCUCUUCCCUCAGCCACCAACCCUUUCCCCCUUCGCAAUGUGACACCGGAACCUCGGAUCCUGCAUGGAAGAUUUGUUCCUCGGGCGUUCCUCGUCUCUUUUUACGCCUCAAACACGAUAAUAUAAUUUCGCUUCUUCGUAUAUCAAACACGGUACACAAUGUUUCAUCGUACAUUACCGAGGAAAGCAUUAAAAAUAUCCGAACCGUAGCCGAGUGUGACAGAUUUUUUUCCCCGACCCCUCUUCAAAUACAACGAACUCGAAAACCGUUCCAGAUACAAGACUCUGACUACCACUAAUGCCUCAUACUAUCAUUACAAACAGCCAGAUAGUGACUACCAUUACACUCAAACUACUCACUCUUAGUCUCGCAGUUGUGGGCCAAAUGCCCCCCACGCCGUAGCCAUAAAAUUUCAAAUUUUCGUGUGCGACACAUGAAUAUGGUGCUUGAGGACCUGCACUUAGCCGUGUCGGUCCUGUUGUCGUAGCUAAGGACUUUAAUUUUGUUGCUUUCAUUACUCUUCGGCACUUGUCUUCGACUUCCUUUCUUAUUUUAAGCACCUUGCCUUUACUUUAAGGGUUUAGAAUAUUAUAAAAUUGCGUUUCUAUCUUAUAAGGAUUCUCCUAUCAGAUUGGAAAAGUAGACGUUUCGAAGACAAGGCAGGAAUGGAGUCGCAACAGCAGCAAAUGUGAAGCGCCGACUCACUGUACAUUGUCACGUUGCACAGAUGUGACUUUUCAUCGGGAAUUCGUUGGAUUACGGACUGUAAGUAUUUAUGACUGCAUACCAAGAUGUGCUUCCGCACUUUUGAAGUGGACUAAGCUAUGAGCUUAAACUUUACGUCAUCGUUAAAUUCAUGAACAAUGCUUCCCCGGGGAAUUUCAAAUGAGUCAAGGAACUAAUGUGUAUUCCAACCCUUCAUCAACUAAGAGUCAAGAAUCGAAAAAAAUAAUGAUAAUAAUUCGCCAUCUUUUGGGUAAUGUUACCAGACAGUUUCGUGUUGGAGUUAAUCUCAGAAUAUCGAUUUCUCAGUUGAAAUGACUUCAAGUUAGACCAUAGAAGCACUCGGUGUUUUCUUGAAAAUAAUAUUGUAAAGGAGACAAAAAAAAGAAAAACGUUACAACGGUCGAUCAAAACGACUAAAACAAGGAGAACAGCUGAAAGGGAACAAGUUAGUACUUCGAUGGACUGACAGUGGCAUAUCAACGGCACUGGAGCGCUUUAUCUGUUUUUACUUAUACAAAUUUCUAACCGAUGCAUUUCAGGUCCACGUUUUUGUGUCACUGAAUCAUGAAGAAAACUCAUCGAUGGCUCACACGCCCUCGGCUCUAUGGGCAGAAUCCAUCAAUACAGUUGGAUUUAAACUAUGUUCGCGCACGGCGGGUAAUAAAAACGACACAGGAAUUAUCAACUGGUUAGCUUUCGAAGACCAGCCAAGCACAGGCAUAACGCAUGGAAGCGUUGCUCUUGGUGGAAUAUGGACCACAGAAACCAAAUGUGAAAAAGUGGCCUUUUUUCAGGUUAGAUCAUGAAAUUAGUUAGCAAUUUGUUGAAAAUAAAGUACAAAAAUGCUGCAUGUAAGAACAACACUUUUUAGCAGGAAUGACAUUGUGCUUUCUGUGAUUUCUCAAGGUUUUUUUGGUAUGUAACACAUUAACACCAAUCAGUGGCGGACGGAGGAUUUUGUGAUAGAGGGGCCCCAUAGUAACUGUAUACAGUGGUAAUAUGAGCGCGAUAGCGCCUAUCAGGACUGCGAACCGGCGACGCACUUUUCUAGGGAGUUUCGGGCACAUGGUCCUCGGCGAAAAUUUUUGAGAUUGAAGUUCUCUGAGAUGCAGUCUAGUGCAUUCUGAACGCUUAAAUUUUAUGAUGCUAGCGGGGACCGACGCGAUUGCGGCGGGAGCACAACCUCCCAGCAAAGGCAGCAACAUUGUCUCCCUGAAAGAUUGUCAAAUCCAGAUUGUUUGAGAAGGAUAUUUACUGCAUGCGUUUUGGGAGCUUUGGUCAUUUGCGACCAAAAAUGUAGGCUUCGAACACAGAUUCAAAGAAGAUUUAUAUUAAAAAAAAUUCAACAAAGGAAAUGCAUCCUAAGGAUAUGACUCUAAGACCAAUCAUAAGUAAAUUCAAUGCAUGGGAUUGAUAAAUGUCAUCCUUCUCUUGUUGCGCUUGGCAUAGUCGUCAAUAAUUGCAUCAUAAUCCAGAGCAACGUCCUUGUGAAUAAAGAGCAGCGACAGUGCGUUAAGGCGGUGUUCUCUCAUGGUGCUUCUAAAACAACUCUUUACAAAGCGCAGUGAUGAGUUGCUACAUUCCACGGUUGCACUUGUGACAGGGCCGAUCAUUAGGAGCCGCAAAAUUGUGUGGAGUUUGGAGUAUAGGCCUUUGUUACAGGCUGCCAAUUCUUCUUGUAAAAUGGAGGGUUUUUCGGUUCUAUUGAUCCUGAAAAUGAAAGCAACAACUUACAUAUAUCGCAAAACAGAAAUGGUUUCCUUCGCGUAUCACUGAAAAAACGUUUCAUAACCAUGUACAUGAGUACAUAUAAACUUAGUGAAACUGUGCUGUAUUCUUUGUAAAUUUGAAAGAAAAUUACCAUACCAAAAGCGCUUCCACAGCUCUGGCUUCUGAGACGCACGCCUUGGCAGUGUAAGAUCGGGCAAAUAGUGACGAAUGAUUUUCUUUUGAGAAGACUUUUAAAGCUUCUGCAAGUUGGAAGGUAUCAGUAGUAUCUUUCAGUUUGUCGGUUUCAAGCUAGUUUAUAAGGGCGGUUGAUUCGAACAACGUUCGAUAAAUUUUCUUCAGUGUUAACAAUGUUUAUUUAAGAAAAUAUAGUUAAGUAACAAAGCUCGACGUACCAUCUGACACACGUUUACAAAAGAAAACAAUUCCUCUACAAAAGGGGGGGGGCCUGGGCGUCCUGGGCCCACUCCUCUGAAUCCGCCCUUGUUAACGUUGUCAAAACCAAGGCCUCUGUCCCGGAUUAAUAGAUGGAUCAAAUUUCAGUCAAUCUACGUCCAUUUCAUUGUCCAUAGGCUCAUUUGACCUCGUAUUUUGUCUUCCAGAGCUUUGCCUCUAAGCCGUACGUGUUUGUUUCCGCAAAGUACGGCCGCAGUACAAAGCAAACUGAUGCUGUUUAUGUAUGGUUGGAGAAUGUAAAUUCUGAAGGUUUCAAAGUUUGCAUCAGGGAAUUCUUGCCUUUUGAUGGAAAACACAGAGAUACAAUUGUGGUACGUGGGAAAUAACGAUAAAGUAUACACGUAACAUAGAUAUUAUGUCUUUGGCGGGGAAUCAAUCGUCAUUUCAUCAGCUGUGAUCUAGGACAAGGAAUAGGUAGUGUCUGGCGUCCCACAAUGCUCCAUAUUAGGUCCUUUUAUAUUCAAUUUGUACUUAGCAGAUCUGCAGGACUCUAUGCCAGUGUUUAACAGGUUAUCUUUUUUAGGUUAAUGCGUUUUUAGAAUUUCUGCAAAAACCGGAAAGGGAAAAGUAACAACCUCUCUUGAUAUGAGGCAUGAGGUAACCAGUGCUUCGAAGGCUAUCAACUAAAACAGUAAAAUGAUGAUGAAUUCUCUCACUUAAUUUGGAUCAUCAUAGGUUUCUGGGAAACUGCCCACCUACCCCUCCCCUAAGCCAACAUUAACACGUACUUCUCACUAAGGGCAAAUCCAUCAAAUAAUCCCAAGGGGGAUCAUUAUACGUUUCUGGGAAACUGCCCAUCUACCCCUCCCCUAAGCCAACAUUAACACUUUCUUCUCACUUAGGGCGAAUCCAUCAAAUGAUCCCUUGGAUCAUUCGACGUUUCUGGGAAACUGCCCACCUACUCCUCCCCUAAGCUACCAUUAGCAAUUACUUCUCACUUAGGGCAAAUCCAUCAAAUGAUCCCUUGGAUCAUUCUACGUUUCUGGGAAACUGCCCACCUACCCCUCCCCUAAGCUACCAUUAGCACUUACUUCUCACUUAGGGCAAAUCCAUCAAAUGAUCCCUUGGAUCACUAUACAUGUCUGGGAAACUGCCCACCUACCCCUCCCCUAAGCCAACAUUAGCACUUACUUCUCACUUAGGGCAAAUCCAUCAAAUGAUUCCUUGAACAUUAUACGUUUCUGGUUUUUUUUUUUUCACCAACAGGACUGGUUCGCAUUCCUCAGGCUUGACAACGUGACUGCCGGAGAAAAGUUCUUUCCAAAUGACGGAUACCCGUCAGUUGAGGACAACUAUGGCUUCUGCCAGGUGAGUGGUAGCUGUCAAUCGGCUGUCAAGGUAACAAAGGCCAAACUACUUGAGUGUUUUGUUUGUGCUUUACUACGUUAAUCGAUGAGAACCACGAUCGUUUAGCCCCUGCCACCGGUCGACACUAUCUCUGGUUACGUCCGUCUGCGAAACAGCGCGAAAGUCCUUGGUCUGGGCCCCUACCUGUUUAACAGGAUUUGAGUACGCGCCAUAAUUGGUCUGUUUAAAAUGCCAUUGUCGAUUUGACAGUCAGGUUGAUGGGAAAUACAAAACGUAUUUCAGAACAAGGAUAUCCAAGGAAGGAAAGGAAACCCCGGAAAGGAAUCCGCAGAACAAGGAUAUCGGCACACUUCGCGGACGUUACAAACACUGAGGUUAAAUUACGUUUGCUACGCAGGCUACGAUUCUAAAUCGUGUUGAAUUUCUUCUUUCUUACAGGACGUUUCUUUCAAUAAAACAUUCCACGAGUCACCAGUUGUCCUUGUUUCUGUCAAUCACCGAUACGAUCGCCAGUCGAAGGGCCGGUUUCUCCCGGAAAAUAACAUAAUCUCGACCUGGGUGGAGGUAGGUUUGUGUUUCGUUCUCUAUACUCACGUCAUUAGACAUUCCCAAAUAGGAAAACUUUUAAAUUGUAAACCACGGUUACACUUUGGUGUGUUCAUUUCCUGCCGUUCUCUUUUUCUUUAUUUUUAACCUGUCGCCAGGUUUUUAUUAUUAUUAUAUUUUUUAUUACAGCAAGUGCAAAAAUAAAACAUAACAUAUGAUAAUGGAAAAGAAACGUUUCUUUUCGUUUCUUACUGCUGUUCUCCCCAUUAGCAUGAAAACGAUUCUCACCAGCAUAAUUAGAAUCUGCUAAAGUGAAAACGCACUUCUUUUGUAUUAUAAUAACUUGCUUGUACGUGUCUCUCUUUGCAGAACGUUGGCUUGCAAUCUAUGAGGAUAUGUGUUAAAGACCUCAGUGGAUCUGGUCCUAUCCAUGACCCACUUACUGUAGCCUAUGCUGUUGUUGGAGGUACGUUUUUGACUUAGGCCCUUUGAGAAAACUCUGCGCUCGUUGGUUGAAUUGAAAUUCCUUUAAACUCAACUCUACUAAAAAUUCCACCCCUUUCUUUUUUCAACAUAGACAUAGAUCCUUGCCUUAACGUGCAAUGCCCUCGAUUUGGAGUCUGCAAAGCAUAUAAUGCGUAUGCCGGUCGCUGUGAAUGUAAUGACCAAUGUCCAUCGUAUCAAGAUCAAGUGUGCAGUGCGAGUGGUACGACAUACGACAAUCAAUGCUGGCAGAAGCUCGGUUACUGCAAAGGACUUGAGAGCGACCCCCGUAUCUACCAUCCGGGAAGCUGUGAAGGUAAGCAAGACCGUAAACUGCCGCUUCUAAGCCGUUUUGGGUCCCCCUGGAUAUAAGCCCCCCUAUUUUUUAUUAACGUUUUAAAUCUGAAACAAUGGUAAAAUGUGGUAGAUUUUGAAAACCUGCUUCCCAUUAUAUAAAGCACGCAGAAUUAUGGUAAAAAUGCGAUAAUUAGUCUCCAGGGCCGAGUUGUUCAAAGCUGGGUUAAGAUAACCCAGGGUUAGUGCGAGAUUUGAAUUCAGAUAUGAAAGCUUAAAAAGCAUUUCAGUUUCAAUUCUUUUUGCCUACAGGUUGAUGAUUGAAAGCUCUAAAAAUAACAGAGAAAAUUAUCCGAGAAAAUGCUUUUGAGCACAAGAAAACUAAACCAGGAUUAAAUUUAACCCCAGGUUAAGCGCUAAUCGGCCUUCGAACAACUGGGCCCAGGAAUACCUUAAAAACCAGUAAAUGUAAAACUUACUUUGAUCAGUUACUGCUAAAGAUGUUCCGAAGAAUCUCCGAAGUGCUGUUUCUACUUUAGUUAUAAGCCCUGGCGGGUAUAGGCCCCACCGUUUAUUUAUAACAGAGUCCUCCUAAAACCCCAUACGAAGAUUUGAAGUGGCUCUGCUCAACAAAGUCACGUUAUUACGCAUCCUCGUUGUUGUCAGCACUGUUGCUUUAUGUGAAAGGACUGGAUACAAUAAGAGCUCUAGCAAAUAAAUUCAUGGGCGAGAGACUGUAAAUAUAAGUUGCUCCUGUAAAUAUCUAAAUGGAGGAAGUAAUCAUCAGUAUAAUGCCUAAAAUGCGAUUAAUUGGACAAUUAGUUUUUACUCUAUUAAACCUUUGGGAGUGGCCAUGGCCACCCACAAAAAGAGCAGCACAUGUACUGAUCACAGGACAUUUUUGUAGUAGUCAUUAACAACACAAAACAGAAAGGAAAUUCGUAACAUUACAACUGAACAAGCAACGCAAGCUCACUAGAAAAUAUUCCCCCCAAAAAAAUACGGCAUAAGCAAACUUGGGCGCGCUUCGGUAUCCAGCUGAUCGGAAGCGCAGUGCAUAUGAAUUAGAGACAUUGAAAUCAUGAGAUUAUUCACAUAAUAAUAAUAAUAAUAAUAAUAAUAAUAAUAGUUUAUUGAUAUCCCUCUCGCAGCCUAAAGGCUGAAUUACAUGGAAGGUCAGUGACACUAACAGAAGACAAUACAAUACAAAAACAAUCAAAUAGAUAAUUAUGUAAAUAUGAUUAAAAGCACUACAUGAACCAAAUAGUAUUUUAAGUUGAUAAUUUUUUUGUUGAACAGUUUUUCCUAUUGUGCGGGGCCGAGAAGACCUUCUCCGUGUUCCAAAAUGGCUCGAUUCAAGUUGUCAGACAGUCACAUUUCCACCAUACCGGUUCUACCCGGAUAAACAGGUUCAUGUCCAAAUAACUGUCAAUCACAUCAAAUUGAAUGACUCUGUUAAAGUCCACGACGCGGUGACUGCAUGGACAGAAAACAUCAGCGCAAAAAACUUUACAGUUUGUGCCUUGCAAGCAGGAAGGAAAAAAGAGAAAUUUACCCCUUUCGCCAGCAUUGAUUGGGCUGCCUAUCAAGGAGGGCCUCCUGAAGCACUUACGGGAACGGUUAAUUUGCCCAAAUGGUGGAGUGGUACAAACUGCGAGAAAGUGACGUUUCCCAAGGUAUGAUGGGAACAUUUAAAUGUCUCACGAACAGUUUUUUUUUGCAUGCAGAAGUGCCGAAUAAUAAUCAUGACGAUGAAGGGAAUUUUGAAAGAGUUAAUUGGUGUCUGCUACGUGAAACACAAACACUAAACAAACGGAAAAUCAUCGUAAAAUGAUGCGCAAAUUUAACGUAAUUGAUAGUUUAUAUCGGCAUAUUACCUAAAACCUAGUGCUAGGCCGCAACAUGUGCAAUACCGUAUGGACUUUUUGUUCUUUCUUUACAUCCUCGCUCGCUUUUCUUUUCAAUAGUCCUAAACCAUCUAUAUCACUCUUUCAACAUUCUUUAAAAACUUGUAAGGUCCCGUCGAGUGAACACCACGAUGGAUUGAUUGAUUUAUCUUACAGCCUUUCGUCCACACUAAAAAUGAUGAAUUGUCCACCCAGAAUAGCACUUUUCGGAAACGCUUUUCAUAGAUCUCUGAAAAUCUCACUGUAUUCAUUUUUGCCAAAAAAGACACGUUUUGAAAUCUAGUAGGACUAGUGUGGACUCGUGUGGAAGGAAAACAUUUUAUAUUGCGUUUUCCAGUUUCUCCAUUUUUCCAGUUUUUGCUGAUUAAAGUGGCCGGUGCGCGUAAAAUACCCUCCUUAACUCAAUCUUUUUCAAAUUGUUUUUUAGUUGUUGUUAUUUUCAGAACAUUCCAUUUUUGACAAACUUACUCGCUUUUUCAUCAGGGAAAAUUCACUGAGGCCCCAGUAGUCCUUGUGACUUCAGAGCAUCUGAAAACAGGUCAAGAGUAUGAUGCCGCUCUCAUCUGGACCGAAGACGUAACAAGUAGCUCAUUUCAAGUUUGUCUUCGAGAACUGCAAAACUUCGACGGUAAACACGAGGAUAUUAGUGUGGUAUGUGUCAGAAGUAAAAACUAGAGGCAUAUUUAUUGCUCUUAAACGGAAAGAGAGAACUGGGUAAUUAUUUCUUUCAUGAAAAGUUGUCGCUAAGCAAAAUUCUUUGGGCAACACGAGUGAAUAGCUGGCAUAAUAGCCCAAGUCGUCUCAAACAGACGAUCGACACAGUUCUAUAGAAACACUUCUGAUGCGUUGCGAGACUAUCCAAACGAUUGAGGCGAUGGCAAUUGCCUGGAUACGACUGAAGUUUUAAAUAUUCGUUCAGAACGUCGGGAUCCGGUCCAAGUCGUCGAAGUACAUUGAUUGAGGCUAUGAAGACGAUCUGGACGAAUGUUUGGAAACCAAGCCUUUGAUUUGUCGUACAAACUAUCGCAUUUACCGAUUUGUGCCAAUUCAAUUCAAUUCAUUUCCUCACAACUUAUUUGCUAAUCUUAAAAACUUACAUACCCUUUUUAUUGUUUAUAGGUAUAUACGUUCAUUUUAUUUGGUUAAUAUUAAGGUUUGAUUAUGGUGACCAAGUUAACCAUUCAGUUUUCUGGUUGGCCCCCAUAUUGCAAAAUACGUUUCUUUUAAAAACAGGCGAAAAACAGAACCAAACAAGACGCUCUGGGACCGUAUAUUUGCGCGUCCAUUUACUAGGCGUGUGUGAAGUUUUUUAUGUCUAUUAGGAUGUGUUAGUAGUGCAGUAGCGUUGUAUGUUUUAGGGGUUGGUUGAGAUGUUUGAAGUGGAAGGCGUGGAGUUAUAUUGGGCGUGGAUUAGUAAGAUAAUGGCUGUAGUUUGUUAAUCAGUGAAACCAAGAGAGGAUAAAGGGGACAGAAAAGGCAUCCUCCGUACACACCCUAUUCCAUAGGUAAUUCGUCUCGAGUUAUUUUUAAGACCACAGAUCCCAAGGAGGAUUGGACAACAGCCAAUCACAUAGCUCGAAUGUGUUCCGCGUGGAUGACCCACGAUCAGAGCCACGCGUCCUUCACGAAUUGAGGCAGAAAAAAAUGGCGGAAGACGCGAAGAGCGAUAUUGCUAUUCGUUUUGUCGACGAAAACGAGAGAUUUCUGCUAAAGCUGUGUCAGCGAAACGAAAAUUAAAAAAGAAUCGCCCUUCCUCUCUUGCAUAGAGCUAACAAUACAGCAGGGAAAUCCUUAACACACUGAAUAUUCCCUCAGGAUCAUUUAUAAUUUACAGUUUGAAGAGAGCAAUUUCUGGUUUGAUAUUUAUUCUUUCAUUAGUCUUUUAUUAUUCAACAAAAAUAACACUUGGCGUCCUAUAAUAACAAUAAUGACAAUUUAAUAACUUCGAGAGCGCUAUUUACAUUCACUGAUCAACAGCGCUUAACAACUUAAAAAACUACAAUAAAAUUCAAAUUUGUAAAACUAAUUACAUGUACAUGAAUAUUACUUGCUACUUACUUUAUUGUACAAACGACCGGUUUCAACAGACCGGCGAAAUUUCUCAUUUUGUUAAAGCACUAAGGUUACGAUAACUUCGAGUUAAACUAAUUUCACGGGCUGUCAAAGAGUCGAGCGAGACCCUUUUCCCAGGUGAGCGCCGACUCAUUUCGCUUCAAUAUUCAGAAAUGCUCUCGAUCUCUUUACGCUUUCAUUGCCCUUCGCCCGACAUGUUUUGCACGGCGUUUAGUCACGCGAAACCUCCACGAAACAUCCACGCAGCGCGCGAGGUACCUUUAUCCCGAUUCUAAAAAUAACGCGAGACGAAUUGCCUAUGGAAUAGGGUGUACAUGGGGGAUGCCUUCUCUGUCCCCUUUAUCCUCUCUUGGUGAAACUGGUUUCUAGUAGAAUUUGAUAUGAAGUAACAAAAAAUAUUUUUUGGGAAGGUAAACGUGAUUUGAGGUGUUGCAGUGAGGUAGUUUUGGGUGUGCUAAUUUGGUUACAAAAGGAUAGUGCAGUUACAGUCUGUUGAAAUGAAGUGGUGGUUUUGAGAGACCUUAUCAAUAGUUUAAAACAUACUUGUACUUAUUUAAACGUUGUUAGGCUUUCUGUUUAGGAUUUUUUCGCGGUUAUUUUUUAUAAUAUUUAUAUGGAGAAAAGGUGGAUAAGGAAACUUCAUUUAAUAUGGAGAAGGGGGUAUGAAAAUGUUGGGGGGGGGGCUGAAAUUUUGUAUGUGUGUCUUUUUUUGUGCGACGACAAUUGUUUUCCAUGGGAAAAAUUUAAAUAACUUAAUAGUUUGUUUCACACAGUGUACCUUGUUUUUUCAAUCGUUUGACUUCUAUUGCCGAAUUGCUUUCCGUGCCUUAUCUGUGCGAUGUAUGUAAUGAGGAUAAAUGCUGUGUCGUGACAAAUCGCGCGGCAGACUAGUCGCCUUUUUGGCUUGUUUACGUUCGCACGUAUUGCGGGCCUAUUGCAACUUUGAAUCAAAACAAUCGAUCUCGAUUACUCUAUUUGGGCAACGCCCAAAUAAUAACAAUUACAGUAAAUAGAUGUAAAAAGUGGUUGACAUAUUUCCCAUUUUAAAGUGGAGGGGAACAAGAUCCUUCUUCAGAAGAUUCUAAUAACUUGCUCAGUUGUAGCCAUAAUUAUAUUAAGCCCUAUCAAACGUGACCGUCCGCCAUAACGACGUACACCCGGAGUCUACAGAAAAAUUGCUGUAUUGAAAGCAAUUAUUAUAACAGGUCUAAUGACGAUGAUGAUAUAUUUAAGGAGUCAGUGUAGUUAACAACUACUAAUUUCAAUGAAUUCUUGUUUGCAGAACUGGUUUGCGUUUUCUAAAUCGCUGAAAAAGCCACUGUCUUUUGAGCACGGCAGCAUAGGUUUUAUAGGCACCAAAAACACUAACCCACCACUGAUGGAUGAAAAUAAUAAUGCAUACUGCAAGGUAAGAAUAGACAAAAAAUUAAUAUGUAUCACUUUUAUUACACGAUUGGUCGUCAAACGUUACUCCCAGUUUUGUGUAACUUUAGCGAAGGAAUGGUGAAACGUUUUAGCUAAAUGUUUUCGGGUAUUUCUUGUUUUUCAGUUCGUGUUAUUCACAAGAGGUUACGGCUCGACUCCAACAGUGCUCAUCGCUGCCAAUCACAGCACAAAAGUAUCCGGGAACUCAUCCCCAGUUAACAACGGUAUUUCCACGUGGAUUGAGGUAAAAAUCGCUCUAGUGUGACACUACACUGUAUUUCAGGUCAGUUGCAAGUGUAGCGAAGCUUUCCGCAGGUCAUUAAAGAAAAUUCCCAUUAGCGCUGUGAAAAGAUGCCUUGACAAUCAAAGAAAUUGAAUGUUAAAGGAAUGAUUAAUUAAAACGAAAUUUAUGUAGAUAGGGACAAGACAAAAACUGAACUAGGUAAAAUUUAUAUCGCACAAAGUAGUACGUGCUUUUGGUGAAUAUGACAUCGGCGCAUGUGCGGCUUUGCGCGUUAAAACUCUGUGCAUGUGGUUUGAUAAUAAGGUAUUGCGGGCGACAAAAGGAGCCGCUAUCCUAAUCUCCAGUUUGUUACUACGCAUGCGUCGCAUGUAUGUAGCCAGCAUUCGUUUGGACUUCCACUAAGAAUGUUUGGAAUUCACAUAACGCAAUUUGAUCCCGCGUGUUUGAACCUUCUAUGACUCGUAAUCUGAUCACGCGUGUUUUGACUUUAGGCAAAACACAGCGCUGGAGCAAAACCGUUUUGACCUUCGAUCGUUGUCGCCCUCACUCCGUAACGUUUAGUUAUUACUUAACACAUGUUAAGGUAUUCAAUGAGAGGGAGGAGAGGGAAGGGAAAGACCCUUUCCCUACCCUCUACUCGCGAUUUUUUCACCCUUUCCCCAAACAGAGAGCCUGUUCACAGGCUGCUCGUGUCGGGACAACAGGUUUGUAGUGCGAACAUUAUAUUAUUGUAUAUACCAAAGGCAGUCAAUGGUUUCGGUGUAACCUAGCUAGCUUGCUAGCUUUUUUGUUUCUCCUUCCUCACAUGGUCCCUAUGGCUUCCACGCUCGGACACAGACUCCUUAAGAAUUAAUUGCCUCCUUAUUUCUUAUCUUAUCUCCAAGCAAGCGAGACUUAAACGCUUUUUAGAGCUUUCUUGUUGUAUUAAGUUUACUCAUUAAGAUUAUUUGGUUUAAUUUAUUUUUAUUCCAGUGCAUUUUAUAUUCCAUAUUGAUUAUCAGCUAGUAAAUAGAUUUUCCUCAUUUAUAUGUAAAUAGCGCGAUAGAAGUAAUUGAAUUUAUUGUUAUUAUUAUCAUCAUCAUCAUCAUCAUUAAUAGUAGUGCAAAGUGGAUCAAAACAGUUUUCCUUUUGACUGAUCCGUCUCUAAGAAAACCUUUCUAGGUCCUUUCAGUAUUUCCCAAUUAAUUUUGAACGAGCUGUUCGCAUUCGAUUUUGAAGUAUGUAGUGGACAGCAGCGUAUUAUUUGAUAGACAGUUUGGCAUCCCUGAGGGUCAUUCCACGUCAAAUGCAAAAAUUAAUCUUGCCAAAUGGAUUGCCCCUUAGACUGGCGAAAACAAAUUUUAGGCUGGAGUUUUUCUUGAUCUUUUGAAAACUUAUUUGCAGUUGGUACAUGUGCAAUAGACUAUAAAAAUACUGAGAGCAGAGCUGAACGGAGGACAACAGUAUGUGGAUUUCCCCAGGUUUCCAUACCUGAGCCCUCUUUUUAAUCUUUUAUAUCAACGAUCUCCUUAAUUGUUUUAGUAACGUUGAGUCCCUUCUACUCGCUGAUGACACUAAUGGUCUCUUUGACCACCCUGAUUGCAUCUUGUGAUGGAUAAUAUAUAGAUUUAGCCAGGGCUAAAAGCAAAGCUCCCGUUUAUAAAUUCAUAAUUUAAAUCAAACAAUCAGACUUGUAAUCCACAGAUCAGGGCACAUUCAUUUGACUUUUGAGGCAAAGGCUAAGUGAUUUUAGAGAAAAAUAAUUUGACAGUCCAAGAGUGAAACAAAUUUUACAUCGGUUUAUUAAAUAGUCUUAUUUGUACACCCAAGAAUAGCAAUCAUGUUCAAUCACAUUCGAGUAUUGUAUUUGCAUUAGCUGUUGCAUCAUAAUAAGGCAUUCACCAGUCUCUCGAACAUUGCUCCGUUAGAGAGACUAUGGAUAAUUACGUGAUAAUUGGACAACCCCGAAAUAUAAUUUUAAGAAACACACGCGCCACGAUAGUCCUUGGUGGCAGCCAAUUUUCACGUUGCAUUACUCUGUCUAAAAGAGAGGCCAAAAUAAAAAAAUCAGGCCGGAUUUUUUGUGUUCGACAAGUUUAGGUUACUGGUAAAUCUUGGCGACGAAUCUGGUGGCGACACACUGACAUACUUUUUCUCAUCACGUCUCAGGUAAACAGUACCAUGAGGCCCUUUUUUUAUCAUACAGUCCUCGGACAGAAUUUGUUCUUUUUUGCCCUAUUUAAACCUAUAAUUCUGCAGUUUUUCACAAUUUUGCAAGAGAAUUUCCACUCAUUCAAUAUCCACGACGAUCAAAGCAUGCUCUUCCUCUGCACAACAAAUUAUAGCAUUGAAUUAUAAAACGUUUUCAUGAAGAGAAUUCUAUAAUGCCGGGACUUUUCAGUUAGAAAAAUCUGGUCCUAUGUGAUAUGUAAUGGUAAAUUCGGUCUGUAAUCAUAGGAGUGAUUACCUUAACAAAAUCGGACGACCGCGUAGCGGGAGUCCGAUUUGUGUAAUCACGAGUAUGAUUACAGACCGAAUUGGACGACACGAAGUUCUGUUACCAAUUAAUCAUAACUUUAACAAAAUUUGUCACAUAAUAGGCUAUUUUUAAAAUCAAAACACAAGAAAUUCGAAAUUUUGUUUUGCUACCAGUGAAAAAAAAAAGCCAUUUAAGCGCGCGCUUGAUGGCGCGUACUGUCCAAUUACUUAGGUAUGACGCGUACUGUCCUAUUAAACUGUCCAAUUAAGGCUGAAGUCAGGGCAGUUGAUAGCCAAUCAGAUGUGACAAUUUUGUUAUAGUUAUGAUUAGCAGGGUAAUAACUAUAGGCUUUUAAUGAAAACGAUAAAAAAUUCCUAACAUCACUCUUCGGCCAGCCGGACGGGUUCUCACUUUUGACAUGCACCAAAUUUGCAGUGCGAUUAAUAGAGUUACCAUUUACGCUUUAACAUGAUAGAGAAAUUGUUAUGUUUAGGUUUUAUUUCCCUUUAUUUACGAAACUGUGUAUGGUUUUGUUAUCUGUAAUCUUUAAAAGCGAGUGAUAUUUACGCGCGGCGGUUUGAGUAUUUCUGCAUGCGAUGUUUAUGUUCGACUGGAAACAACCGGUGCAGCGAUAAAAAUUGCCAGAGGGACUACUAACAAUCAAUGAAAUAAAUAUAAUUCGGUGAAACGUGUACAGAGACAAUAAUUUUCAUUCACAAAGAGAAGUAUUGAGAGUAGUGUCUCUGAAAAUCAUGAGUGAGGCUGAGCAUGAGCUUAUUUAUGUUUUAAGCGGGCUUCCCGGUGUUUGCUCUUUUUCAAGAUGAUCUCGAGGCAAGAAAAUCGCUCAGAGCUUUCUGUUUACAGCCAAAAUCAUAACUAAAUAAUCUUCGGAACCUUUUCUUUGAAUUUGCGGUCAAAAAAUGUCUAAAGGCUCUUUAAAUCUGAUACUAUUGUAGGUUAGAUCAUUGCUCGUGUAUAAACUUAAGCCGCGUAAACCAUACGCUCGACUUCAGGAAACCGAAAAAAAAAAAACACAUCGAAGACAAUAAUUGCUCAGGCUUACCAGUCGAGAUACUGCCUCUGAAAGUCAUCAAGUGUUCCAGAAUCGCUUGAGACUUUUCAAUCCUCUUAUGCCUCAAGCAAGGGCAAGUGAGUAAGCUAUUUUGAAAACGAUACCAUCCGAAAUCGGAUUUCCAAUGACUUUGACAAGCGGUGCAUUUGUUAACAAAAAGCGCAAUAAACAAACCAGCCAUGAAUUACAGAACAAUCUUGAGAGCAGCUGUAUUUCAUUUUGUACACCAAGUAGAAAAAGACAGUUUAAGACAUCACAAGAUGACACAAAACUCUAUCAGCUCCAGCUAUCAAUAAGCAAGUUACCAGACGCUGCAUAAAUUUUCCGCAUGAACUCACCUGUCAAGUUUUGACCAAUCAGAACAUAAAAAUUGGACGUAGAGCGUGAUCAACGCGUGACAGUGACAAAAGUCAAAAGCGAUUGCCUUCCCUGCAUGUAAAUGUAAAAGCCGGUUGAAUUUUCCCGUCCGAGGUCAGUUCAAAUCAACAUUUUACAAGUGCGGCUCUUGAGCAAGACUUAUUUCUUAUGCAUUUAAAAAAAAAUUGAACUUGAGCCUGCGAUCAUUUGAAAAGUAGCAACUUGUCAGCCGAUACCUUCAAAAAAAGACUCGAACUCAGUGGGUCGAUACCUGAGCCCGCGAUACGGUCAGGCGAUACUGGUCAGCAGAAACACUAUUUUGACAGCUGUCAAUUAAUCAAAACAUGGAUGUACAAUAUCAGGUUGCAGGCUCCCAAACUAUCUAGAAAGUGUGAGAUGAAACAUUGGUAUGCCUGUGGUACAGACGAACGGAAGGUCGGCUGGUCGGUGUACGGUCACGUGAUUGCCGAAUUUUCUAGGAUGGAUAGAUUUUCUAAGCUAUGGGGCUUCCAAUUGAGCCCGUGAUCAAAUAAAAUAUCAGCGCAAAACUUUAAACACUACGUGACCUUGAUGGAUAGAAAAAUGAGCCCGCGAUACACUCAGGUAAUGAUGGUCAGCGUAUACUCUAGUUUGACAGCUGUCAAUUAACCUUCAUUAGAAUGGCAAAUAUUCGAAUUAACAGACUACGAGUGUGAGUAAGACAUAUCCGUCCGGCAUGUAUUGGAAAAUGCCAGAUCGUGUAACUGAGCGAACCUGAGCCCAGGUUAUUAGUUUUCUGAUUAGUGGUCUGCGCAUGUCCCAUUUUGACAGCUGUCAAUUGACCUUAAUUUGGCUUGCCAAUAUAACUUUAAACGACUGUCAGCCAACUGACAGCCUUGCCCGGCGUAGUUUCGUUUUUAUGUUGAAUUGGUAAGUGUGACAUGGGCAAAACGACUGGUCUUUCAUCUGAGCCCGCGAGAUGGUCAUGUGAUAAUUGUCAGCGGAUGUCUGAUUUUGAUAGCUGUUAAUCUAAUCGUACUCAUACGGAUGGCUUACAUAACUAAGAGGCUAGUCAAGUUGUGCAAGAUCUAUUGUGACAUUUGACAUCGGCUUACAUGACGUGCGUGUACUGGUGGGCGGGCGGGCGGGCGUACGCUACGUCAUAAGCAAAUUUUCUCGGAUGGAUAGUUUACCAAAUUUUCUUGCCCAUGGUGCUCCGCUGCGCGCGCGCGCGAGAGAGCUCCGCUAUUAAUAAUAAUAUUAAUAAUGAUAAUAUUAAUAAUCAUAAUGACAAUAAUAAUUUUUAACAGAAACUCAUAAGGGGUUGAAACGUGUAACUCGCGUUCAAUGCUCGUGAAUAUUCACUUUUACCAUAUUUGGAAACCUUAGUGUCAGAUAUCCAUUUUCAACAAAAUGGCUGCCGCGCGAUCACCAUGCAGAUGUUUUAAGACAAGAGUUCAGCAUUUCAAGGUUAAAAAUACACCGUUAAAAGACAAAAAAUGGAAAGAGAAAGUUCAAAAGAACGCUCAGCUUCCUUUUUGUGGAGGAAGGGAAACUUUUCAUCAAGAAAUCGUCUUUCGAGGAAUUCAACCUUGUUUCGUUCACGACGGAGCCCAAGGUCUGUGUUUGAAAAGGGAAUUUAUGUCUUUUUAAUUGUUUCAUAGACGUCUUACAAAUUUUUCUCUUCGGCGCUAAAGGAAAAUUACAAAAUGUGCCCCGAUUUUAGAUGGAUUUUGUGUUGAAUUUUGCCAUGUGCUCAGCCGAUUUCACUUGCGUGAACGGAUCCACGAUCCAGAUAGUGUUUUCCGAAUUGCUUUAAUUGGAUUUUGAAUAAAAAUUUUCAAGAAACGGCUUCUCUGUCUUUUUUUUUUUGAGUUUGUUCAUUCAGAAAAUUAGCUCAAAACAUGAUCGUGACUACAACACCCAAGCUGAAUUUAAGCUUAAAUGCUUCUCACAUUCAUUACGCGCAUCACUUUUUGCGAAGAUGUCAGGUUGAGUUUUUGGACACUUUUGGAUACGCAGCUAAUGAAUUUUAUUCGCAAAUAUUUUUUACUGUUUACUCUAGACUUUUGAUAUAAAAAUUAUAAAAGCCUAUUUGCAGUACAAUUUACUGUGCAGAGGGUCAACGAGGCAUCGUUUUUUGAAGUGACAAGUUCUGCAAGUUCAAGAAAUUGUGAGGACGUAAAUGGGUUUCAUAAUGUUAUGUUUGGCCCGGGUGGUAAGGCAAUAAUAUCCUGCUCAGUGUUUGGUAAGAUUCCUGGUUUCAACCUUUGAAAGCUUUCUCGGCUUUCGGGAGUAUUUUUCCCCCGUUUGUCGGCCAUUAUUUAAGCGGGCGCGGGAACCUAAAGUGAAAUUACAUCACGUUGUUUACAAAGUUUGAUUGGUCAGUCAUCUCUUCUUCUCGUUCCAAAUAUGGUACUUUUGAAAAUGAAUAAUCACGAGCAUCGGACAAAGCAAACAUAUGAGAGUUACACGUUUCAACCCCUUAUGAGUUUCUGUUUUUAAUUAAUAAUAAUUUUAUUUAACUUUAAAAAUAUGUACAUAAUUUACAAAAAAAUAUUUGAAGUAAGAAUUUAGCACCAUCCAACACUAAGAAUUAUAUAAAUCAUGAAAAUACAAUCACUGUGCCGAUAACGAUUUCCCAAAUACAUCGCCUUGCGGCUUAGAUGCGAUCAAUAACUCUUGCAGUUAGUCCAGAGUUUUGAAUUAAGUUAUUACAAAGAGAAUUAUCCGUCUUUCAUUUAAAAAAGAAACAAGUUAAAAAGAAUAAAAUCUCGUAUUCCUAAAUUCCUAAUUCUUUAAAAAGUUCCUAAAAGUGAUUAAUUCGGGCAGGCUCUAAUAUUUUCGAUCUGUAGAUCUGAGUCAGCAAAGUCUAGCUGUCGUUUUCUGGAUCCUGAGCCUCUCAAGCAUAGUAUCGCAGAGCGUGCGAUGGCGAAAGAUACUUUAGUUCUUAUCUAGGAAAUUGCUCUUCAGUAACUUUCUCCCUUCUUAUUUGCGAUCAGCUCGGCAAGUCUGCUUUGGUACUUAACACACUCAUCCGCCAUUCCACCUGUGAUCGUGAAAACUAGGGGAGUGAACGUUCCCUGUUCGAUCUCCAUUACUCUUUCCGCAUACUGCCUCUUCUUCUCGUCCUCAUACUUCUUGUAGAUCUGCUUAGGAUGGGCGUGUCCGUUUUUUCCCAGUUGAACCGUAACUUGAUUGCAUCGCUAAAUUCCUUCUUAUUCAGAUUGUAAUCCAGCUGUUUGAGGGGAAUCACGGUCAGCCAAUUUGAUGAUCCCUUCUCUGGAGCUAACUCAACAGCUCGCUUAGCUUUUGUCGGCAGGGAGUUGUUCACCUGCUCCAGUCUCUCACUUAGACAGUCGUCUUUUUGUUUUCGUGUGCUCAGUUGCAGUGUUCGAAUUUCCGAGGUAUCUGGAGGCUGGUGCUCUUGCUAAACAAUUCGCCUCACGAGCGGAUUGCUUACUUUGACAGUAAAUUAUUAUAAUAAUAUUAAUGAUAAUGAUAAUGAUAAUGAUACAGUGAUACAAAAUAUACGUGAUAAAUAAGAAAAGAUACAGCACUUGUCAUUUUCUGAACUUAUCCACCGCCAAAUGCCAGUUGUUUUAGUUCGAACAAUGCCGCUUGACGUUUGUGUAUCUGUGUUUUGUUCUGUUCUGUUUUUAGAACAUGAAUGCCUCUGGAUUCAGAGUCUGCGUCAAAGAGUUGUUUGGAACCAGAUAUGAUCCCUUGUCAGUGAGUUAUGCAGUGCUUACAGGUAAGCAAAUACUGAAAAUUUGUUCUAAACUGAUAGUUAUUUCGAUUGAACAUAUAAAAAGUCGUAUUUUCGUAGGCUCUGUUCACAUGUGCACGUUUCUCCUGUUUUCGCGUUAACAAAUACAUUGAAAGCGGAUUUUAUACCAGCUGACGUAAAAUUCCGAACAUAAAAAGGCCCCGUCACUUAUAAGCCCUUCGAAUAAGCCCGCAAAUUUGUGUCCCAAAGAGGCCUUUUGUAAGACCCCACCCCGUAUAUGAGCCCCCUGGAGACUGGAGGAGGGUUUUUAUUUGGGAACCACUCUCACAAAGGGCAAAUCGUUCCAUAUCGGAACCCCAAAAGACAAACUCGGACAUGAAUCUUCAGAUUUCUAUGAAUAAAUUUUGAACUUCCGUAUUUUUUAAGGGUGAUCAAGAGCCAUUAUUGCUUUCGGGGUGAUACAUAGGAUCGGAAUGAAGGUGUUCAGACGUAGUUAAUCGAUAGUAAUAUUAUUGAUAUCAAUCAAAGAUAAAUAUCGAUUUCCGAUAUCGAUUGAUAGAAAUCGAUAAAGAAAAACAGUUUUGUCUUCGAUUAAUAUCGAAGAUUAUCCGAUAGAAAUCGAUGAUUAUAUUUUAAUCGAUUGUUAUCGAUUACUAUCGAUUCCUAUCGAUUGUUAUCAAUUAUGUUAAUCGAUAAUAGAAGAUAAAUUAUUUUUUCGGUGACUUCGAUUUCUAUCGAUUUCCGAUAUCAAGCGAUAUUCAUAGGCGGGUUAAAUCGAUUAACAUCGAAGAUAUCGAUUGAUUUUCGAUAUCGAUUUUUAUCGAUUAACUACGUCUGGAAUUACGUAUGCAAUGUGUUCGGGGUCUAACAAAAUGCUCGUUUGUACCUGACGAAGCCCAGGACAUAAGGAUCCACGAACGCGAAAGUGAUUUUAGGGUUUUUGAUAUUUUUAUCACAUAUAGAUAUCUGUGAUCCUGGCUGGAGCUACUUUAAUAGCUUUUGCUAUGCAGUCAGCAAGAAGUGCUCAAAUUGGACCGAAGCUCUGACUAAUUGCCGGCAGGAAAACGCAAGUCUCGUCAGCGUCAAUAGUAAUGAGGAAAACGUAUUUAUACAACGUCUUUACAAUGGAGCAAAGUCCUGGCUGGGAUUAAAUGAUAUUUCCAGGGAAGGAACGUUCACCUGGGCAGGAGGCCGGCCAGGAAACUUUACAGUUUGGGCCAAAAACCAACCAAAUAAUCUUGGAGAUGAAGACUGUGCGCAUACACUUGGCAUUGGACACAACUACAAGUGGAAUGACGUGAAGUGCAGUGACUGUCAUCAGUAUACUUGCAAAAAAGGUCAAUGAAAAUUAUAUAAACAACCAAGAAGUCUUUCUAUAAGUAGGUUAUAUAAUCCGGGUGAGUUGAGUCCCGUUUAAGACUGUUGGCGGUGAGAGUGACUGCUGUUUCAACGACCUCGUGCAUGCUGAAGAACUUAACCAUCACCCGCCAACAAGUCGGUCGUUUGCCUGUUUGUAACCUGUAAGUCGUUUUUCGUCGAUUUUUUCACUUCGCUCUGCUCUCCACUAACUAAACGCCUGGAGCAGGCUAGCCUGUUCCGCGCUUUACGCUCGCUCUCGCUUUCACCAAAUCAGAGUAGAAAAACAUCUGCGAACAGGCUAGGAACAGGUACCAAUUCUGUAUCUUUGACUCGGUUGUAGACCCUAGAAACAUAAAAGUCCGUCUAUUAAGAACUAGGCUGUGCUGUUUUUUUGAACUUCGUCUUCCUGUCUCGAAAUCAGAUAACACACCCACCGCUACCAUUCUUUCCCUGUUUUCCUGCAUGAUUUUAGCUCUCUUGAAGCGUUUGCCAUGGUUACCCUGGUAAUAAGAAUAGCUUUACACCUUAUUUUUUCUUGUUUAUAUUUUUUGUUUUCUUGUUUGUGUUUUAACAGACCAGAAUGAGUGCAGUGGCAACACGUUCUGUCAUCCAAAGGCUAGUAAUUGUACAAAUCUCUGGGGUUCGUUUAAGUGCACCUGUAACCUUGGCUACAUAGGAAAUGGAUUAAACUGUAUAUUAGGCGGACGAGGUACAUAAGAGACAUUUUAAUAACAUAAGAGACUAAUUACAUUUUGACAUGAAAACUAAUAGGAAUGAAACGUUUCUGAAAAAUGUUUCUAACCUGUCCAAAUUAUAUGUCUUCGAUAAGGCAGGGUUUUCAGGCACGUAUUCUUCUGUUUUCAAGUCUUGCUAGAUCGCUUAGGUACAUCAAUUUGACAGAUUUUGAGUUGUUGCCGAUCUGUUAUAAAUCUGUGUUUGUCGUUAACAUAUACAAAUUUUUAUAUACAAAUAUUUUAUUUUUGUGUAUUUUUUAUAUAAAAAUAUUUGUAUAUAAUAUGUUAUAUACAAAUCAAGGGAUUGCGUCCAAAGAGGUGUGCGUCUCGAGGGGAUUCAUGGUAUCAAGGCUAUCCGCGUUGCACCGACCGGCUGUAACUGGGAUACACAAUUAUUUUGACUCAAUAAAUUUCUUACUGUGAACUAUUUUUAAACUAACGGCUAAAAUUUCCUCUUUUACAUCAGAAGACCAAAAGUUUGGGCUGUUUUAAGGCUAGUCGUUAACCCCAUAGAAACCCUCUUUGAAGUCACUACCGGGAGUCCGAGGAUGGGCGAAGCGUUAUUACGCUCUUUUACGCCCCUUUAAAGGAGCUGUGUCACAAAAUUCAGCCAAAUAAGAAAUUACAAAAUGCCCGUUAAAUUAAGAGAAACAUGAAAAUAACCGCUUAAAACUUUAAAGGAAGGUUAAAAUAACAUAACAGAAACAACAGAUGCCACGGAUGGGUAAAACUGAAGCAAGAUUGAAACGGAUUGAAAUUAGGGUUUUUGAAAACUGUGCAGCCUAACAGUUUUUCAAAGUUGAUCCCUGCUGCUUGCAACUUCAAAAAUAAUCCUCAGGAGACAUAUUUGUUUGUCACGGAUCUCUGAUUUUGUCAUUUACAUGUAAUUUCUUUGUUUACUUUUAAGUUCCAUAGCGAUUGAGGGCGAGUAACUGGCAAAAUUAAACAAAAUGAACUGGACCGCCGUGACACAGCCCCUUUAAACAAUCAAAGUUUUCGUGCAGCACCGUAUUUGUCUUGCACAAAAUGUGUUGGGUUAUUCUGACACCAUAGUUAUUGCUGCAAUCGACCUUCCUCUCAGGUUUACAAGACUCUGCUAUUGUGGUAAGCAACAUAAACCACUUGAUCUUGUUAAAAAAAAUGGCUUAAACCUGUGGCAAAAGCAUCAAUCGCGUGGUUCUGUCAGGCGAAACUUAAAAUGUCAACUACCCAAUUUUAAAGCCAAAUGAAAGCUAUUGUCAUUGUGUAUGUUGAGCUACCGAAAUUUUCAACUUAAGACAUGCGUCAGUAUACUGGAGUUUUGAUCAGUCUAAAACGUAACGCUUUAUAUUCCUUUUUAGAAAAUCUAAUAAACAUGCAAGUUAACGUUUUACAUUUUGCAAUAUGGUUAUCUCUUUGCAAAUAGCUCAUUGAACUGGAAAUAAAUUCAGUUUCUGUGAAAUUACAAAUACUCUGUACCUCAUAUAAUGAAAAAUGGUCUUAUUUUUUUCCUUAGGUUUGGAAAACUCCGUCAUUUUGAGAUACGACAAAACUGAUCACUUGACCUCGUUGAGGAACUGGCUUGCACCUGUCACAAAAAGCGUCAAAUCUCUCUGGAAGUGCUGUUGGCGUGCAACCAGCAACGGCUUUGAUUCAUAUACAUUUCACUCCCGAUGUGACGGCAAGGGCCCGACAGUGACAAUAAUAAGGGUUGGGAGAUAUAUUUUUGGAGGAUACACCAGUCUAUCAUGGGGUAAGUGA